AUGAGUAGUGACAGGAGAACAUCCGGCAUUUGGAAACACUAUUUUGAAUAUCUUGAUAAAUGGGGUAAGAAAAGGGCGAAAUGUAACUACUGUACUAGUAACUUUGCUUCUGAAAGUACGAAUGGGACCUCAACGCUAUGGAGACAUUUAAAUGAGGUUUGUCCUAAUUCCCCUCUUAGAAUUAUUGACAGAAAUAAAUCAAGAAUCAAGGUAGUUAAAAAAGGGGAACAAGCAUAUAGUACAUGUACUGUAGAAAAGGUUGUGAUUAACAUCAAUAAGAUUAGGAGAGCCAUUGCUGAGUUUGUCAUUAUUGAAGAACAACCUUUUAAAGUUGUUGAAGGGGAAGGUUUUAGGAGAUUAAUGGCAGUUUCUUUGCCUAAUUUUCAAUUACCUUCUCGCUUGACUGUUGCUAGACAAUAUCAUAAGGGUGAGACAAUUGCUAAGGGGAUUGAGGCGUGCUUAUUUGAUUGGGAAAUUGAGAACAUAUUCACGGUGACCUUAGAUAAUGCAACUGCUAAUGAUUCUGCAAUUAAACACUUGAAGAGAAGAAUUGAGGAUUUGAAAGGAGACAUCUUAGGAAAUGAGUUCUUACAUGUGGACUCCACAUAUAUGAUGCUAGAUACAACUGUAAAAUUUGAAAAGUCAUUUUCAAGAAUGUAUGAUGAUGAUCACAAGUACCUCAAGUAUUGUUUAGAAACAAAUAAUGUGGGAGGGCAUCCAUCGAUAGAUGAUUGGAAGAAUGUUGAAGUUUUCAUUAAGUUCCUUGAGAUUUUCUACCAUGUAACUUUGAAAUUCUCAGGAACUUCAUAUGUUACUUCGAAUUCUUUCUUCCAUGAUAUCUUUAAUCUUCAAAUGAUAAUUUGCAAAAAUGUUCGUAGUGAAGAUUCUAUUUUGAGUGGCAUGGCUAAAAAGAUGGAGCUUAAAUUUAACAAAUACUGGGGUACUUUUGAAAGUAUGAACAAGUUAUUAUUCAUUGCUGUUAUUUUGGAUCCUCGAUACAAGUUGAAAUAUGUGGAAUAUCUGUUUAAAAACUCUUAUGGUUGUUUGGUGGGAGCCGAAAAAUCAAAAAAGGUGAUGGAUACUUUGAGUCGCUUGUAUGAUUACUACAUGAGUUCUUUUUGUGGGACUUAUACCGAUAAAAUUGGUGGUCAAACAAGUUUGAAUGAUGAAAUUGAUACCAUGUAUAGUGACGAGAUAUGGCAAUCACAAUGGGAGAAAUAUUUGGCAAAUGAAGACAAUACUGAAAAUAAAUCAGAACUGGAGAAGUACUUGGUAGAUGAUUUGGAAAAGACCAAAGAGUUAGAUAUUUUGGCUUGGAAGAAAGUUUCUUCGGCUAGAUAUCCAAUUAUUUCUAGGAUGGCAAGAGAUGUUCUUUCUAUUCCUAUUUCUACUGUUGCUUCUGAAUUAGCUUUUAGCACCGGUGGUCGGAUUCUUUACUCUUAUCAAAGUUCUUUAUCACCAAAGACAGUAGAAGCUCUUAUUUGA